AUGCUUGACAGGAGAUCACCGUACCAGGAGGAUAGUUAUUGGUACUAUGCUCCCAACAAGGGGGCUCCUAUUACUUUCGCCAUCUGGUUCACUAUCUCUGGGGUUUGGCACAUCUAUCAAUGCAUAAAGUAUAAGUCCUGGAAAGUGACCGGGAUCUUGCCCUGGUCGGCACUGCUCUUCACAGGUGGCUUUGUGCUACGAGCUGUCGCCGCCUGGGGUCACUGGGAUAACCUGCCGAUCUUCAUUGUCAGCACGGUUCUUCUACUCGCUGGCCCUCCGGUCUACGAAGCAGCCAACUACUUGAUCCUCGGGCGAAUCCUUUACUACAUCCCCUACCACUCACCGAUCCAUCCGGGACGCGUCUUCACAACGUUUCUCGCGAUGAGCAUGGUGAUCGAGGUACUCACCGGGAACGGGGGUGCGUUGGUGGCCAACGUCGAGAACCCACAGCGCAAGCAGGACAUCGGCAAAGGGCUGCUCAAAGCGUCCCUGAUCUUGCAGCUCGUGCUGAUGGCCGGGUUCCUUGCGCUGGCCUUGAGGUUCCACUAUAACUGCCGUCGCGGUGGGGUCUUGAAUCGCAAGGUGAAGCACGCCUUGUGUGUGUUGUACUGCAGCUGCGGGCUGAUCACCGUGCGGACGAUCUAUCGGACGGUGGAGUACUUCACUGCCGCCAGCCUGAACGUGUCCAACAUCAAGGACAUCAGUCCGGUUCUCAAGGACGAGUGGUUCUUCUGGGUGUUUGAGGCGACCGUGAUGUAUAUCAACACCACAAUGCUGAACAUCUUCCAUCCCAUGCGGUGGCUUCCACGCUCCAACAAGAUCUACCUUGCAAGAGACGGGGUCACGGAGCUGGAAGGGCCAGGGUAUAGUGACAAUCGUCCAUUUCUCCUCACGCUUUUCGAUCCUUUUGAUCUGGUUGGGUUGUGCAAGAACAGGGGACGACAAGAGAGGUUCUGGGAGGACGAAGCAGCCAGGAAUAUCACCAAUUCCAAGGAAGGGCACGUUGCUGUUUAG